UAAUAAAAAAUCGCUUUCUUACAUGACAAUCUUUUUACAUUAAUAGUGUCUUCUAGUUACAGGAAUCUUUUAAGCUUUUAUACUAGCAAUCUUUCGAAAGAUGCUCUUCAUUCUAAUAUUGUAUAAAACAAAGCAUCUCUAUUUCUAUAUAUAGCAUUAUUAUAAGUGCUAUCUAGCUGAACCAUACUCAAGACCUUGUUACUUGACUUUUCUUCAUAGCUAUUGUUUAGAGAAAGGGUACUAAUAAAAUAAGAGAUGUGGAAUCUAUUAGGGGAAGAACUAGUAAUGGUGGUGCAAAACUAUUAUGACAUAAUCACUAUCUUAUUUCUCUCUAUAGGAUUAACAUAUUUAGCAUCAAGAGCUUGGAAAAGAGCUACAAACAUGAGAGAAGACAUCCCUGGCCGGCUUGGAUUACCUCUUAUUGGUGAAACUUUCUCUUUUCUUUCGGCCACUAAUAGUACAAGAGGAUGCUAUGAUUUUGUCAGACUUAGACGAUUGUGGCACGGGAGAUGGUUCAAGACAAGGCUAUUUGGCAAGAUUCACAUAUUUAUUCCUAAUCCAGAAGGUGCAAGGACAAUAUUUGCUAAUGACUUUGAUCUAUUCAACAAGGGCUAUGUAAAAUCAAUGGCAGAUGCAGUAGGAAAGAAAAGCUUAUUGUGUGUACCAGUUGAAAACCACAAAAGAAUAAGGCGUCUUCUAUCUGAACCAUUCUCCAUGACUUCCUUAUCUGCAUUUAUCACAAAGUUUGACAAAAUGUUGUGUGGAAGGCUGCAAAAGCUAGAAGAAAAGGGGAAAAGUUUUAAGGUGUUGGAUUUCUCCAUGAAGAUGACAUUUGAUGCAAUGUGCGAUAUGCUGAUGAGCAUCACAGAGGAUUCAUUACUACGACAGAUCGAGAAAGACUGCACUGCUGUCUCUGAUGCCAUGUUGUCCUUUCCAGUCAUGAUUCCAGGCACAAGAUACUAUAAAGGCAUAAUGGGUCGUAAAAGGCUCAUGGAGACCUUCAGAGAUAUCAUUGUUAGACGUAGGACAGGAGAAGAGUCUCCAGGGGACUUCCUGCAGUCCAUGUUGCAGAGAGACUCAUUUCCAGACAGUGAAAAGCUUGAUGACUCGGAAAUUAUGGAUAAUCUUUUGACAUUGAUAAUUGCGGGACAGACUACAACAGCAGCAGCAAUGAUGUGGAGUGUAAAAUUCCUACAUGACAACAGAGAUGCACAGGACAUACUCAGGGACGAACAGUUGUCUUUAGCCAAAAUUAAGCCAGAAGGAGCUUCACUUAAUCAUGAAGAUAUCAACAACAUGCUUUACGGUUUAAAGGUAGUUAAGGAAACACUAAGAAUGUCCAAUGUCCUAUUAUGGUUUCCUCGUGUUGCACUUAACGACUGUACAAUUGAAGGGUAUGAAAUAAAGAAAGGCUGGCACGUUAACAUUGAUGCGACUUGUAUACAUUACGAUUCAGAUCUAUUCAAGGAUCCACUGAAAUUUAAUCCACAAAGAUUUGAUGAAAUGCAAAAGCCCUACAGUUUUAUACCUUUUGGAUCAGGGCCUAGGACUUGCCUUGGGAUGAAUAUGGCAAAAGUGACAAUGUUAGUCUUUUUACACAGACUAACUAGUUGUUACACGUGGACCCUUGAUGAUUUAGAUACUUGCUUAGAAAAGAAGGCACACAUACCUAGACUAAGGAGUGGAUGUCCAAUAACGCUGAAGUCCAUAAGCAAGAGCAUAACAGAGGCAUAGACGGGUGUUUGCAUGUGAAGGCCCAAGAACAAUGCAGUAGACAGCUGGGUAUAUGAAUGUCUGCAGACUUGUGAGAUUUGAGGCAAACAGCAUAACAGGAGAUAAAUCUGCUCAAGAACUAUUAAUGCAUAAACAAAUUUCUCCACCACUUUCAAGAAUUGAUAUUCCUAAUCUAUUUAGUUUGUAUACUAUAGAUAAAUAUUAAUUAGAGCAUAGCUUAAGUUGCAACUUAAUCUGGUGGUGGAGGAUCAUGAAACCUGUUAAAACUUGGGGGUAAAUCAACACAAAGAAUAAGCAGCAGCUUGUUAGAACAGUUCAUGUGAGGAGAGAACCACCUUUCGGGUGUUUUGUACUGUUUGAAUAAACCAAUCACGUAAUAACACAGUAAGGACUUCUUGUGUCUGAAUAUAAGGACUAACCUGCACAUUAAAACUCAUACACAACAUCUACUACAAUAUUCCACAGAACAGAAAAGUACUCGUGAGUCGUACCAAGCUGAAUGGCAUAACUAAAUGACACACUGGGAUAAACUAAUAUAAUCCAAAUAUUUUGACAUCUAACAAACCUGAGUUUGAGUGACUUUUCUACUGCACAAAUAAUAAGCUACAAUUUGCUUAGUGUGUUAUAUGUUUUCUCCAGUUAGGAAAUCUCAAAGCAGGUGGACCCAACACCCAAGGAAUAAAGUGGAUCAACACCCUUGUCUAUUAUUUAUGAGUAGGCCUUGUUAGAAAAGCUGUCAAAAGUAGUUAAUUAAGUAACUUUCAAUAAAAAGAGAAAAAAAAUGUAAAGGAAAGCAGUUAAGGUGGACAAUGGACUAACCAGGUUCCAAAAGUAGUUAAUUAAGUAGCCUUUCUAUAAACAGAGAAAGUAUAUGUGCAUUUUAAGUUGUCUUUAUCCGAUUACGGGUCUAAUAAAUGAAAUUGUUUUUCUUUCUUCUG